UGUCAAGAGGAUCACGGAAUCAUGCGGAAUGACACAAGUCAAUGCUCCAAAACGAUAGUGUAAACAACGAACACGACGUAGUCCAUCCAUGUGCCUGUCCACGCCUAAUAAAGUGAUUUCAGUGGUUUUCGAAUCCCGUCAAGUGUGCUCAUCCCGAAUUUCCCUUGGAUAUAUUUUUCCGGUUUAAUUGACGCAGGGUGUGAAUUCUCGCUUUUCCGGGCUACGUCGUAGGGUAUCUUUUCGAUAGGCCUUUCCCGUUGUGUCAAUGUGCGAGGCUUCUGUUAUUGCUGAGGGCCGCGAAUAUCCCACCCCACGCGGGCUUCAACCCCCCGCAACACGCCUUAAUAUUAAGGGUAGUUUUCGAGCGAGAUAAUCGCACGCCCUAAAAAUUUCGAGACUAAGUGCCACACUCGUCACGAGUAGUUUUCUAUCUGCCGUAUUAAAUGUAAAGCUUUAAACAGUGAUUAUUCACAUGAGGUUUUUUCGGUUUUCUGAAAUGUUUACAGUUAAAGACUAUGAAUGCAACGAAAUGACGUCAUAAAGUUGUGUCAUUCAAGCUGAAACAUGAGGUAGGAAUCAAAUGAGGCUCGUUUUUGGUUAAGCACAUAAAACUCACCAAAGAAAAAUAAGUUACCAAAGGAAGCUAGAAAUUAGACUCUGGAAGCACGUUUUUUGGACGGAAGUUCAGGAUUGAGUGGUUCAGUAUGAAGGAGGAGGCAUACGAUGAGGAUUACAAUGCCGAGUUCUACAUUUUUCCGGCCGAUCUGUAUGACGUCAACGCCGAUUUUGACCUCCGGGCCUCAGCUCCCGACUUUGCCGCCGAUUUUUUCGAUACGCCACCGCAGUACUUUCCAACCGAAAAUUAUGGACAAGUGACAACAGACGAGUCUGGAAGCUCUGACGCCUCGUCGACUCGGACGACGACUCCACCGCUCCCAGCGGCCCUGCCGUUGACGUUGACCACGACUGAAGAAGGGGCGGCGGCAGACGCGGGGCUGAGCCCUUUUUGUGCCGUGUGCGGGGACAAGUCCACCGGGAAACACUACGGUGCCCCUUGCUGCGAUGGCUGCAAAGGAUUUUUCCGCCGUUCCAUCCGUAAGGACUACAAUUACGCCUGCAGGUUUGACCGACAAUGUGUUGUCGAUGUGAGCCAGCGAAAUCGGUGCAGAUUUUGUCGGCUCAAGAAGUGCCUCAAAGUCGGUAUGAACAAAGACGCGGUUCAGAACGAGAGAGACCGAAUUACACGGAGAUCCAUGCGAACGGAAGAACUUGACGCAAAUGGACUAUCGACGACAUUACUUCUUACCACAGAGAAUCUAGUUCAGAUGAACACCUUGACCGUUGAGAGCGAUGAGGUGGACAUGAGUUUCAAGCGAGUCGCCAACGUCGUAGACAUUUGUGAUUCGAUGAGACAGCAGCUCAUCAAUUUGGUCGAGUGGUCCAAACACAUCGAGGCAUUCAGGCAGCUUGUCUUCGAUGAUCAGGUUGCACUCCUGAGAUCGUAUGCUAGUAAGCAUUUGCUUUUGACGGUGGCGCGAAGGUCGCAGCAUCUGAAGGACGUACUACUUCUUGGCAACGAUUGCAUCAUCAGUAGAUAUGUUUCAGAUCCAACCGCUGAGAACGAACUAGACAUCAGCAACAUCGGAGCUUCGGUCAUGGAUAAAAUCGUGAAGAAUCUCAACAAACUGAACAUUGAUGAGGCCGAAUUCGCCUGCCUGAAAGCCAUUCUAUUUUUCAACCCAGAGGCUGAUGGCCUGAUUGACGAGGAAAAAGUGCAAGCGUUCCGGACGGAGAUCGAGGUGAACUUGGAGCAGUACAUCGCGGAGCGAGCUGACAGUGCGGGACGAGCAAUGAACAUCCUAUGCUGUAUCCUCCCAGGCCUCCAGUCCAUCUCGGACCAAAUGGUCGUCCAGAUCAGGGUCGCCAAUCUCUGCAAUUUGGCCCACAUCGAUAGCCUCAUCCAGGAUCUACUCCUUGGAGGCUGUCAGACCGUUAAGACUCAACCCUGAUUGAUCACUGCAUUUUCCUCAGGAAAUACAGAAAAAAGUACUAAAAAAUGUUUAAAACAAUUUUUUCCCUUUUUUCGACCAAAAAAUAUAACAGACACUGAAAAAAAUAUUGAUUUAUAGAAAUAUUAAUAAAAUAUAAAAAUUUAAUAAUUGAAACCAUACUUCUUUUGGUUUACAGACAAGUUUUCUGGCUCUAAAUAAAAUAUUUCUUUGAUAUUUAAAGAAAGGUUCCUGUGACAUAUUUAUAUAUUUUUAAAUGUUUUACUUGAAUUUGCUCGCUGGAGCAGUUUUUAAUUUUCUGCUCAUUAUAAUUAGGUCUUUGUAAAAUAGAUGUAAGAAAACCCUCACUUGUGGACAGAAGUCAUCGAUGACAAAUUGAAUUUUGUAUGAAUAAUAGUAACAAAAACUGGGUUGUGCUGAAGAUAAAUAAGUGAAAAAAUGUUCUUUAAAUCAGAAUGACUUCCUCAUAAGUAGAAAAAACCAAGAUGAACAUCCUUUAAAAUCAGAAAAUGUUUUUUAAACACUUAUUUUUUAGUGAUCGAUAGGUUGCAAGUGGACAGUCAAAUGAGACGACAUGCGUGAAAAUGCCUGGGUGGAUACUUUAUUUGUGAGGACUUGUCCGGUUUUGCAUUUAAAAAAAAAAAAAAAAAAAAAAAAAAAAAAUUAACCGUUUUUUCAGUAUUAUGGUAGGAGUAUUGAUCAAAGUACAAUUUUUCUUCUUAGCAAUUAGAAUUAUUUACGUCAAUUUUUGUUAGUAAACUUUUGAGCUGAAUGCUCCAUUAUGCUGGAAAUCCUUCAGACUGCGUUACACAUUCUAUCUGCUACAAUUGUUCAUGUGUCCUUGAAAAUAUUGUCAGGUUAGGUACCCUGAUGGUAUGAGCAUACAGAUAUCAAGUAAAUUUAAAUGGUUAAUUCUUUGUACUUUAGUUCGUUUAUAUUUUGUAAAUAAAUAGAUAAAUAAAUUAAUAAAUAAAUAAAUAAGCACCUACAAGAAUCA